AGCAAAUAUGAGUCUUUUUUGAAAUCCUACAAUAUUGCAAUGAUUUUCAUGUUUUCAGAAGGCUUGGUUUCAGAAAUUGAAUUUGAGGCUUCAUUUAUUACCAUAUGGAGCAAAUAUGAGUCUUUUUUGAAAUCCUACAAUAUUGCAAUGAUUUUCAUGUUUUCAGAAGGCUUGGUUUCAGAAAUUGAAUUUGAGGCUUCAUUUAUUACCAUAUGGAAGGUAUCUCAGUUCAUGAGCCGUGCUGCACGCCUUAACGAAGCGUUCUCGGUAGUGAAGCGGGUUCCUGUCAUACGACCAUCGCUGCCAGCAGCGGGGUUGACACCAUGGCCUGUGAUGAGUUUGAGAUGA